AUGUGUGCUGAUUGUGAGACAGGAAUGACUCUGAACCUCCAAAUGUACUGUGGUAAGUGUGGUGGUAAAGAGGACAAUCAAGGCUUUAGAGUGGUCAGGGACAUGGUGCUACCCAUGUUAUGCCGUGGUACCAAGUUCACUGUGCUUGCUUCAUGUGGGUGCCAACUUUUGGGAACCAUGAGGAUCAACAGGAAAGAACUCCCUGACGAAGCAAAGACCAUCAAAGGAAGAACUCCCGAUACCACCAUCUUUUUCUCGAAGGGAAAGUGUAAGCUUAUAUCUUACUUCAACGAGAAAAAGAAGUUGGUAUUGGUAUUGUCAACCUGCCACGAAAAGAAUGAAAUUGAAGUCGUCGAGCAGGACGUGUUCAUUGGCAAAGACAAACUGACAAUACACAAACCCCAGCCCAUUCUUGACUACAACCACAAAAUGGGUGGGGUUGACACUGUUGAUCAGAUGACCCGGUACUAUACCUGUAGACGUCGAACCAACAGGUGGAACAUCAGGGCUUUAUAUGAUAUGAUUGAUAUAGCUGCCUUAAACGCGUAUAAAACGUACUCAAAUUACCACCCUUGUAAACGGGUAGAUUUUUGA